AUGAUAGCUGAAGAUGAAAUGAUCCAUUACGGUUAUCGAAUAAGAUCGAGUUAUGGCAGCGUUAAUUACAUACAAUGUAUUGCUAAAAAUCGAGAACAAUGUCCAGCUCAUGGGGAAAUAAGAAAUGAAAAAAUAACGUGGAGAAAAAAUCAUAAUCAUAAUCCCAAUGUGAUGUAUGACAUCAUUAGGCAAAUGAAGAAGGAGCUUCGUGAAGCAACAGAAUUAUCUCUUCAAGAUUUACGGAGUAUUUAUAAUCAGAUAGCAUUGAUAGCCUAUUCUUCUAAACAUCCUGAUGCUGCUGCUUUUGUAACUUUUCGGAGCAUAGAAAGAUCUAUGAUGAGGUGGCGACAAGCUGUACGUCCACCAAUUCCAACUUCACUUGAAAAUUACGCACAGAUUUUGAACGAUCCAAAAUGGAAUCAUUUAACUCAAUACCCUACCGGCCGAUUGAAUGUUUCUGCAGUUAUUGGAAGAGAUUCUUCUGUUGCUGUUGUUAUUGGGGAUCCACAGUUCUUACAAACUAUAGUUGCGGAAGAAUUCUAUAUAGACGCAACAUAUAAAGUAUGUCCCAGAAAGCCUAAAUUUUAUCAGCUUUUUACCAUUAUGGCCAAAGUAAAUAAUGUAGCGAUUCCUAUCACUUGGGCAUUAAUGGAUAAGAAGACCACCUUAGCCUACGUCACUGUACUAGAACACUUUAAAUCAACUUUAGCGCAACAUCUUCAGCCCAAGAAGUUCACAGUGGACUAUGAAUCUGGCUUGGCUUCAGCUGUCUCAUUGAUCUAUCCUGAUGCUUUAAUUUGUCGGUGUUAUUUUCAUUACCUGCAGGCUUUGGUAAGAAGACUAAAAUCGUAUGGGAAAAAUUUCAUGACACAGCUUGAAAAUUGGGAAGAAGCUCAAAUUUUUGUUCGGAAAAUUGCUGGUUUGCCGUUUUUACCUGCUCAUUGUAUUUCAGAAGCUUUUGAAUGGUUAAUUAAUAAUACUACAAAUGAUUUGAAAAUAUUUUUUGAUCCUUUCAUUGAAUAUGUACUCGGCUGUACAACAAACUGCGUAUGCUUGCCAUGUUUUCACUGGAUUGCAUGUGUUCAAUGCGUUAAAACCAUAGUACAGCUUACAGAGCAAGAAAAUGCUAACUUCAGAUGCUCAAUUUGCUUUCAAGUUGUUGAGUCGUUUUUAAAACUGAAU